ACCCAAACAGGAGGCAGAACUUGCCUGGAAACUUACCUAGAAAGCAAGAUUGAAGAUCUCCAACAAACCUCAGUCAUGGCCGAGAGACAGAUUCCUUUUACCUUCAUGCGCUCUCCGUCCUGGGACCCUUUCCGGGACUGGCACCAGGGCAGCAGACUCUUCGAUCAGACCUUCGGAAUGCCGCCUUUCCCUGAAGGGACGGCCACCUUUCCCAGCACACACUGGCCGGGAUACAUGCGGCCCUUCGGAUAUUCCGAUUUGGCCCCUUUGAUGCAGAUGCCAGUGGUACCCUCGGCAGCCGUGAUGCCUCAGAUGAUGUCAGCGCCCUACAGCCAGGCCCUUACCCGGCAGCUCAGCUCGGGAAUGUCAGAGAUAAAGCAGACGCAGGACUCGUGGAAGGUCAGCUUGGAUGUGAACCACUUUGCUCCAGAGGAGAUUUGUGUCAAGACCAAAGAUGGAGUUGUCGAGAUUACUGGCCAACACCAGGAAAGAAAAGAUGAGCACGGCUUUGUGUCCAGAAGUUUCACUAGAAAAUACACUCUGCCCUCUGGUGUUGAUGGAGAGAAAAUCACCUCGUGUUUGUCUCCUGAGGGAGUUCUGACUGUUGAAGCUCCAAUGCCCAAACCUGCCAUCAUGGCCUCUGAGAUCAACAUCCCUGUGAACACAGUCAGCACAUCUGCCACGGGAAAGAGCGCCAGCACAGGAGGAGCAAAGAAACCUUGAGCUUUACAUCACACAACACAUCAUCAUCAUCAUCAUCAUAUACUGUCUACAGGUGGAAAAGGAACUUCCACCUCAUUUCAUACUCUUCAUUUCUCAUCUUUUUCUCCUCUCUUUCUCAUUCAUCUCUUUACCUACUGCUUAAAUAAUAUUAAUAAAUCCAAACAGUUAAAUAGAGUACAUGUGACUGGCUGAAUGUCUCAAAAACCCUUUAGUAUUAUUACUAUAACAAUAUCACUGUACUACACUAUAAUAAAGUCAUGGCAAUAAUGUUACAAUGCAUGCAAGCAUGUUAUAUUUUCUUUAUGUAAAAUAUAACUGCUUAAAAUCUUUAUGGUUUAUUGGGUAAAAUAUCCCAUACGGCAAAUAUGUCAAACAAAAAUGGGCAAAAAACAUAUUUGCUGAAAUAUAUUUUGGAAUAUUUAAAAAAAAUGGUUUGGCUUUUUUUAUAUUUUGAAAUAAUACUAUUUAUAUUUUUAUAUAUAUAAAUAUAUUUAAAUAAAUAUAUUUAAAAGCAAGGAAAUAUAUUCAAUAUAUUCAAAUGUUAAAAUUAAAUGUAUAAAAUUUGAUUGUAUUUAGCAUAUAUUUAAAAUAUAAUAUGGCCAAGAAUACAUUUCUUGACAUAUGGGAAAUGUAUUUGCUUGCCCUUGAAAUACAUUUUGAAAUAUAUUUAGUUUUCUUUAUGUAAAGAUAUAUUUUCAAAUUCAAAAAUAUAUUUUGCAUAGAUUUAAAACAUAUUUUUGGACAGAGAAGUGUAUUUUUUGCCGUAUGGGAUGGCCUGGAGAUUGAAUGAGAUGAGAUGAUUUUAUAGUUUCACACUUUCUUUGAAUCACAAUCACACAAACCAAUAAACACAAGACUCCUCCAAAGUGACUUUAUUUUAAAGAUGGAAGCCCCUGGAGGAAAAGUGUCUGAGUUCUUGUGUACAGACAGAGGGCGCUGUUCACUUUUUUGCUUUAUUCCAUUCAUCUGUGCACUAUAAAGAAAUAAAUGUUUGUCAGAAUCAGAAAAAAUA